AUGUUCCUGCAGGUUCCUCAAAGGGCAGAGCCCCAGCAGCAGGAGGCUGGAGGAGUGCAGGGUGGGGCCCCAGGCUCCUGGGGCUCCUGGGGGCCUUGGUCCUCCUGCUCCCGCUCCUGUGGGGGAGGGGUUCAGGAACAGAACCGACCCUGCCUACCCUCCCACACCCCCUCCAUGGGUGCUGUUGCCUACCCCUCCAGGCCGGAUGGCCACCACCUCAACCAGAACCCAGGCCAUGUAGUGUCUGCCCUAAGACCCACUGUCCCGCUGCACCGCACCAACCCUGGGAGACCCCCACCCUCCAACAGCAACACCAGCUUGGCCAGCCGAGGGGAGCUGAGGGACCAGCAGAGAGACAGAGAGGCCAAUGCUGGACGCAGGAGGGGCAGUGACAGUCCCAUCAUUCCAGGGAAGUAUGGCUAUGGGAGGAGGCCUUACGUUGUGUCUCUCCAGACAGACACAGGCCAGACGUCUGGGAUAGAGACAGGGGCUGGUCGCUCCCACAGACAGAGACGCUCCUCGCUCUCUGACCCCAGCCCGUCAGCCACCAGGCACGGAGGCCACAGGCCAAACCCCUACCGUCCGCCCUACAACAACCCCCAUCUCCACAGCUACAGCCCAGUCCAUCACCAGCCCCCAGCCCCCCAACCCAGGUCUAACCCUAACCUAGCCUCCCCUCCCAGGGCUAACUCUAACCCUAACCCAGCCUCCCAGCCCAGGGCUAACCCUAACUCUAACUCUAACCCUAACCCUAACCCAGCCUCCCCUCCCAGGGCUAACCAUAACUCUAACUCUAACCCUAACCCAGCCUCCCCUCCCAGGGCUAACCCUAACCCAGCCUCCCCUCCCAGGGCUAACCCUAACCCAGCCUCCCAGCCCAGGGCUAACCCUAACUCUAACUCUAACUCUAACCCUAACCCAGCCUCCCCUCCCAGGGCUAACCCUAACCCAGCCUCCCAGCCCAGGGCUAACCCUAACUCUAACUCUAACUCUAACCCUAACCCAGCCUCCCCUCCCAGGGCUAACCAUAACUCUAACUCUAACCCUAACCCAGCCUCCCAGCCCAGGUCUAACCCUAACCCAGCCUCCCCUCCCAGGGCUAACCAUAAUCCAGCCUCCCAGCCCAGGGCUAACCCUAACUCUAACCCGAAACCAGCCUCCCAGCCCAGGGCUAACCCUAACUCUAACUCUAACUCUAACCCUAACCCAGCCUCCCCUCCCAGGGCUAACCAUAACUCUAACUCUAACCCUAACCCAGCCUCCCAGCCCAGGUCUAACCCUAACCCAGCCUCCCCUCCCAGGGCUAACCAUAAUCCAGCCUCCCAGCCCAGGGCUAACCCUAACUCUAACCCUAACCCAGCCCCCCAGCACAGGUCUAGCCCUAAUCCAGCCCCCCAGCCCAGGUCUAACCCACCCUGGUCCUCCUCACUCUACCAGUCCAGCCAGAGGCACCAACCUAGGCAGGAGCAGCAGCACUCAUCCAGCCAGGCCUCAGCAGCUCAGCAACCCUUUGGACGGCCCUACAACCCCAUGCCCACCUCCUCCUGUGUGGGAGAGCACAACCAGUACAAGAUUUGCAACAACAACGCCUGUCCUCCAGCCAGUAGACACAUCAGAGCGGUGCAGUGUUCUUCCUACAACAGCUAUCCCUUCAUGGGUCGACUGUACGAGUGGGAGCCUUUCAAUGAAGUUUCAGGGGACCAGCGUUGUGAGCUCAACUGUCGUGCGAUCGGUUUCCGCUUCUACGUGCGUCAGUCGGAUAGGGUCAUCGAUGGGACGCCGUGCGGCCAGAACGAGACUUUCAUCUGUGUGGCAGGGAGGUGUCAGAGUCUUGGCUGUGAUGAGUACCUGGGCUCAGGCAAGGUGAUGGACAAGUGUGGGGUGUGUGGCGGGGACAACACGGCCUGUAAGCUGGUGUCAGGGCUCUUCCAGCAGCACAGCCUGAACAAGGUGGGCUACCACAAGAUAGUGGAGAUCCCAGAGGGAGCCACCAAGAUCAACGUCACCGAGACGGUGAAGAGCAGGAAUUACCUGGCUCUGAAAAGCCGCUCAGGUCGCUCCAUCAUCAAUGGGAACUGGGCCAUUGACCGGCCAGGGAAGUAUGAGGGGGUGGGCACCAUGUUCACCUACCGACGACCCAAUGAGGUCACCAGCACCGCCGGGGAGUCCUUCCUGGCUGAGGGGCCAACCAAUGAGAUCCUGGAUGUUUAUGUGAUCUACCAGCAGCCCAACCCAGGAGUGAGCUAUGAAUUCAUCCUUCCCUCUGACAACCCUUCACAGCACCCCGACCACAGACCUGGAGGGAACACUCUGUAUGGGCAAAGUGGGAAUGAUCACCGGGGCAACCCCAACCAGGAUGGGUACGAUCCAGCAGGAGGGGGCAAGUACCCUCCCCAGGUACCCAACAACCAGGUGCCAGCAGUCCAUCCACCCAAACGUCAGAGAGAAUACAACUGGAAACUGUCUGGGGCAACAGAGUGUAGCGCCUCCUGUGGCAGAGGUAGCAGGUACACCAUCUUCCGCUGUGUCCACAGACUGAGCCAUGAGCAGGUACCAGAGAACCAGUGUGACAGCAGCACCAGGCCCAGUUCACAGGAAGAGCCCUGCAACCUUCAGUCCUGCCCUGCCUUCUGGGACAUUGGUGAGUGGUCGGAGUGCAGUAAGACAUGUGGCCUGGGUAUGCAGCACCGCCAGGUCUUGUGCAGGCAGGUGUAUGCCAACCGGACCCUCAACGUCCACACCAGCCGCUGCCGCCACCUGGAGCAGCCUGAGACCACCAGCACCUGCCAGCUGAAAAUCUGCAGCGAGUGGCAGAUAAGAACCGAGUGGAGCGCAUGCUCUGUUCCCUGUGGCGUGGGCCAGAGGACCAGGGAGGUGCACUGUGUCAGCAACGUGGGAGACUUUGUGUCGGACGAGGAGUGCAACAUGAAGCUGCGACCCAGUGACAAUGAGAACUGUGACAUGGGGCCCUGUGCUAAAAGUUGGUUCUUCACUGAGUGGGGGAAUAAGUGUUCUGCUGAGUGUGGGAUGGGUGUGCGGACCCGCGGCGUACUGUGCUUGACCAAUCACAUCAGCAGCUUGCCUCUGGAGGGCUGUGGCCAUGAGCGCCCCACUGACUCUCAGAUCUGUAAUCACGGCCCCUGUGAGAGUCGCAUCGAGUGGUUUACAGCUCCCUGGAGUCAGUGCUCAACGGAGUGUGGCUCGGGCAGCCAGCAGAGGGCAGUGGUGUGUCUGAUGAAGUCUGACGAGGGGUUCAACGUAAUGCCGCCUUACGAAUGUUCUUCUCUAGACAAGCCUCUUAAUCAGCAGAGCUGCCACUUAAAGUCCUGCGGGGCCAUGUGGUACCACACAGACUGGAGCGCUUGUUCUAAGACAUGUGAGGGGGGCUUCCGUGUGAGGGAGGUGCGCUGUCUGUCUGAUGACAUGCUUUCCAGUGAGGGCUGUGAGGAGGAGCUGAAACCAGUGGAGAGAGAGGAGUGCAACCCAGAGCCCUGCGUCCCACACAUAGGCGAGAACUGUCGAGACAAGUAUUUCAACUGCAAUGUGGUGGUCCAGGCACGUCUCUGUGUGUACGACUACUACAAGACAACCUGCUGUGCCUCCUGCACACGAGUGGCCCACAGACAGUCACAACACAGGGCAUUCAGCUAG